CCCUCCCUCAGCUGCAUCUGCAAAGGCCCCUCGCUCGUCACCAUGGUGCACUGGACAGCCGAAGAGAAGCAGCUCAUUACCAGCCUGUGGGGCAAGGUCAAUGUGGAGGAGAUUGGUGGCGAAUCCCUGGCCAGGCUGCUGAUCGUCUACCCCUGGACCCAGAGGUUUUUCUCUUCCUUCGGGAACCUCUCCAGCCCCACCGCCAUCGUCGGCAACCCCAAGGUCCGUGCCCACGGCAAGAAGGUGCUGACCUCCUUCGGGGAUGCCGUGAAGAACCUGGACAACAUCAAGGCCACCUAUGCCAAGCUGAGCGAGCUGCACUGCAACAAGCUGCACGUGGAUCCCGAGAACUUCAGGCUCCUGGGUGACAUCCUCAUCAUCGUCCUGGCCACCCACUUCGGGAGGGAGUUCACCCCGGCCUGCCAGGCCGCCUGGCAGAAGCUGGUCGGCGUGGUGGCCCACGCGCUGUCCCACGAGUACCACUGAGCCCUCGGCAGGGAC